AUGUCGCAGGACACACCAGCCGCGUCCAUUAUCCCGGGGCUGGAGGCUUUCGCCACCCUCCUCUCCUCGCGGGAGCACAAGCUCGCGCGAGGUGGGGACGACAAGCUUGCCGGCCGCGCACUCGAUGCCGUCAAGGACAUCUGCGAUCUCGGCAUUGCGACUGAGGCCAACUCGCACCCGCACAUCCACCCAUUCCUCGCCUCGAUUGUCGAGCAGCCGACGAUUCAGCUGCGCUCGUCCAAGCCUGCCGCCGAGGAGGAUAAGCCCGCGCCUCAGGAGCUGUUGCCCUACACCCCGCUGUCCGAGCUCACCGUCGCCGGAAUGGAACCCGAGCAGGUGUGGGCUCAGCUUGAAAUACGCGCGGAGGGGCUGUGUCGCAUCAUCAAGGAGGUCGCACAGGCCGAUGCCGAUGAGGAUGAAGGCAGCGUGAUGGGAUGGGAAGAGGAGGACGAUGACGAUGACGGUGACGACAGCACCGAGGAGAUGACCAUCGAGGAAUGGGAGAAGAUGAUGGCAGAAGGAGGGUAUGAGGAGGGAAUGUCUGAUGAGGGGAGUGAGAAGGAUAGCGACGAGGGAAGCGGCGAGGAUGAUGAUGAAGAGUUGGGGAGCGACGAGGACGUCGAGAUGGGCUCUGGCUCGGACGGGGAACUAGAGCUCGGCUCGGACGAGGAGGGUUCGUUGGAAGACGAGGACGACGAUGGAGCCUCCGAUGACCAGGCUGAGGACGAGGACGACGGGUAUGCCCCCGGACCGUCCAAACCGCGCGCCCAACAUCCGACGCUGGACGACAAGUUCUUCUCGAUCGACGACUUCAACCGCCAGACGGAAGAGAUGGAGGCCGGACGUGUGACGUCUGGCGCGCUCGGAGGCGACGAGGACGAAGACGCCGACCUCGACGACAUUGGCACCAUGUUCCUCGAGGAGGGCGAGGAGGACGACGCGCCACUCAUGUACUCCGACUUCUUCGCGCCACCGCCGCGGCCAACCUCUCAGGCCGAGAUGGGCAAGGAUAAGGGCCAGGCGAAAGACAACGGAAAGAAGAAGAGCAAGCGGAAGGUCGCGUUCGCCGAGGACGAGGACGAGGACGAGGACGAGGCAGCAGAGGCCGAGGAGGACCCGUCGCGCGGGGUCAUGGACCGCCUCAAGGCAGAUCUGUUCGACGACAGCGAGGACGAGGGCGACUCGAAGCAGGUCAUGUCCACACAUGAGCGGCGACAGCGCGAGCUGGCUGAGCAGAUUGCCCAGCUCGAGGCGGAGGCCAUUGGGCCAAAGGACUGGACAUUGCUGGGAGAGGCCUCGUCACGUGCGCGCCCCGAAAACUCGCUGCUGGAGGAGGACCUGGACUUUGAGCAUGUUGCCAAGAGCGUACCGAACGUCACGGAGGAGAGCGUGGCGAGUCUCGAGGAGCUUAUCAGGAAGCGCAUCCUGGACAACAACUUUGACAGUGUCGAGCGCGUGCGUGCGUACGACCCGACGCCUUUCCUGCCCAGCCGCUUCUUUGAGCUGGAUGACAAGCAGAGUGCCAAGUCGCUUGCGCAAAUCUACGAGGACGACUACACGACCGCCGCAAGCGGUGGCAAAGCCGUUGACGCGCGCGACGCCAAGCUCAAGGCGCAGCACGACGAGAUCGACACGCUGUGGGGCGACAUCUGCUACAAGCUCGACGCGCUCAGCUCGCUCAACUUUGUGCCCAAGGCACCCAAGGCGCAAAUCCGCACUGUCGAGAACAUUGCCACGACGAGCAUGGAGAGCGCGCUUCCCUCCACACAGGCGGCUGGGAGCAUGCUCGCACCACAGGAGAUGUUUGCCGGGCCAAGUGCUGGCGAACUCACUGCCCGCGAGGAGCAGACCCCCGAGGAGGCCAAGGCUGCACGUGCCAAGGCACGGCGCGAGAAGAAGUCGCAGCGUGCCAAGCUCGCCGGUACGGAGGCGCUGUACUCGAAGAAGAAGAGUGUGCGCGAGCAGAAGGACGAGGCCCUCAAGAGCCUUGUCAAAUCUGGCAAGGGAGUUACGGUGCUCGGCAAGGGCGGCAAGGAGGACGCCAAGCGCAAGCAGCGCGCCGAGGCUGGGCCGGACGCCAAACGCCUCAAGCUGUAA